AUCUGAUCCUUGUGCUCACUCCUUUCAUUUUAUGAGUUAGCACUUUUUUUUGGGAUCACAGUCAGUGGUAACCACCCACGCUGAGCCCUUGUCACUUGCCUCUGCUGUCUCCCACACUUGCUGUGCUACAGUGUCACACAUGGCUAAUGAGUCGAGGCCCUGCCCAUGUGAUAUUGGAGACAGGUUUGACUAUGGAGGCCGUGGCCAGGAAGUGCAAGUUGAGCACAUCAAGGCCUAUGUUUGCAAACCACCUGCCAGCUCAGGCAAAGCUGUGAUUGUGAUUCAUGAUAUAUUUGGAUGGCAACUCCCAAACACCAGAUACAUGGCUGAUAUGCUCGCGGCUAAUGGAUACAUAGCCAUCUGCCCUGAUUUUUUUGUGGGACAAGAAGCUUGGAAACUUUCUAAUGACUUUGCGUCUUUCGAUGACUGGCUGAAAACCCGAAAUGCUGGCAAAAUAGACAAAGAAGUUGAUGUCGUCCUGAAGUAUCUAAGUGAACAAUGUGGUGCAAAGACGACUGGUGUCAUUGGGUUUUGCUGGGGUGGAGCAGCAGUACAACAUCUGAUGCUGAAAAAUCCUCAUUUAAAGACAGGGGUUUCUGUCUACGGAGUGAUCAAGUUCUUUGGGGAUGGAUUCAGUUUGCUUCAUCCCACUUUCUUCAUUUUUGGUGAAAAAGAUGAUUUCAUCCCAUUGGAGCAGGUCACCCUUCUGGAGCAGAAGCUUAAACAAAACUGUAAGGUUGAUUAUGAAGUUAAAAUUUACCCUGGACAGACACAUGGGUUUGUACAUCGCAAAAGAGAAGAUAUCAAUCCUCAAGAUAAACCUUACAUUGAGGAAGGAAGAAAGGAUAUGAUCAAAUGGCUGAAUAAAUAUCUUUAGCAGAAAUAGAUGUCCAUAAAAUAUAUCAAUUGUUGUAGGAGAUCAGAAAAUAAUACAGACCAUAUUUUGUAAAACUCUUUUGCAAUAGCACUACUUUGCUCUUAUCUUCUAAGUAGAUGCUUAGAAAUGGCUUUUCAAAUGCUGAAAGCUAUGUCUUAAAAUUAUUAGAAUCUCAUACGGGGUAUUGUCUAGAAUAUGAAAGUUUCACUUCUGUUUAUUAAUGUCAAUAUGAUUAAAAAGAUCACUGAAUCUCUGCCCACACUUGAGAAAUGCUCUCCUAAAAGCCAUGUUUAGUUAGUGUUGUUGAGCUGUAAGAUUUUCAGCUCCAAGAUUUUCAAAUUUGAAGUAAACUAUAGUUCUGGUUUGGAAGGCUGGGAUCUUUUCUUGGGAACAGAAUAUUCUCUUCAGAAUUCAUAAAAACAGCAAGAAAGAGAGAAGGGGAAGGACAAUGGGAAGAAAUGUAUGCAUACUGAAAGCAGGCUGCAAAAAGAGCCCCUUUAGCUUUCACAGAAUAUGAUCCUUCACGGUGCUGCCUCUCAGUUGUUUCCAUUGCCCCACAAUACUUCCUGCAGUCACUUCUCCCCCCAUGCCUGGCUGCUCCCUCAUGCUCCUUCCCUCUGGCUCCCCACAAGAGGUCUGUGAUGGAGCUGCAGCCACUUGAGUGUCUUUGAACUCCACAGUGCCUCUGCUUCAGGCUUCCACUUGGUGGGUCCCAUCUCAGGUUCCACAUCCUCAGCAGUUCUUCAGCCAUCCUUCCAUCUCGAACCUCUUCUUCAUGUCACUCCCUCCCCUUCUUACUGCAAUCCACCAUGUAUUUCCCAAGAGAAGCCACACUGCAUUGUUAUGAAAGAAACUCUUAUUUCAAAAAGAUUUCAUGCAGACUUCUGAGGAAAAAAUGCAAAAAGCUUCCCUUGCUCCAUGGCUUAUGCCCUCGGUCAGUGAUUAGUGCUGUUCUCUGGUUUGGGAGCUGCACAUCAUGUUCCCAUGUCCUUGCCGUUUGCUUUCAGGAGAGAUGAACCUGUUCUUAGUGGGUUUAGGCAAUGCAAGAAAGCCUCUCUAGGUCUGCAGGGCAUUGUCGCCACGAGUCAUGCUGAUAAAAAUAGUCUCUCCACUUUGGAUGUGAGAAGUUCCAUGAUGCCCACCCUAAUCCUGCCCUUCAGCGGGAUCUGUGCAGCUUCCUGGUGACCUGCAGAGGGAGUGAAGGGCUGGACAGUGACUUCUGUACUUCCUUCCAGUCCUGACAUGGUUCUGGACGCAGCAUACAGAGGAGAGACAGUUUCACGUGGGACAAUUGCAGACACCUCCUUUCACUGGUGCAGGCACUUCUGAUGCAUGUGGCCAUGAAGCUCUGGAGGGAAGGAGGCUAACAACUUCUCAGAAGAAAGCAACGAGGAUAUGUGCUUCAGAUGGAUAGUUUGUAAAGCAUGAAUCCAGUUCCCAGCUGCGGAUUCAUGCCCAAUUUAUCAGGGUUACUAGGAGAACAGGCAGAGAUGAUUAAAUUGAACUCCCUACAACUAUUGUCUCACAUGGACUUUAAAUAAAAGAUCCUUAAUUUCUUGGAAGGUAA